ACAUGGAGAGUGGAGCAGGAAAGCACUGGACUAAGGAGGAGGUUAAAGCUUUGCUAAGUGUCUGGGCAGAAAAAAAUAUACGAAAACAACUUUAUGGAACACUAAGAAAUAAAGGAAUAUUUAUUUAUAUUGCUAAAAGGCUGCAAUCAUUAGGAGUACACAGAGAUUGGAAACAGUGCCGGGCUAAGUACAAAAAUCUCAAAUAUGAAUAUAGAACAGUUAAAUAUGCCCAUAAAUCUGGAGACAGCUCUAAAACUAUGAAGUUCUUCCAUGAUUUGGAUGCAAUCCUGCAAUAUGAACCUACCACACAAUUUACAGAGGAAGAUGCAAAUGGCAGGUGCCUGGAAACGCUCAGCCCAAGUACAGCCCCAGAGACCACUGAAGGUAUCUCUACAUCAGUAUUGGAACCCUCUAAUAACACGACUUUUAUCCCAACUGUAGCAAAUGAAGGAGGAAAGCACUGGACUGUGUCAGAAGUCAGGGCUCUAAUAGACAUCUGGUCUGAUAAAAGCAUACAACGACAACUAGAGGGAACAGUGAGAAAUAAAAGGAUAUUUGAACAAAUUGCUGGCAAGCUUCAGAAAUUUGGAAUAGAGAGAGACUGGAAGCAAUGCAGAACAAAGUACAAAAACCUAAAACAUGAAUACAAGAUUGUAAGAACAGCACAGGACCUAGGCAUGACUAAGAGUAUGAAAUUUUUUACUGAGUUGGAUGCCAUUCUGGGACACAAUAAAACAGAAAAGUCACGAGGCCAGGAAUCCCAAGAUGGAGAACCUGUCACAGAAUGUGCCAACAUAAAAAUGGGAGAGGACCAGACAGCCAUUGCUGGAGAUGUAGCUGAAGGUGAUUCGGUCAGUAAUAAGUCAGAAGACAUAGGAGAUACAGAUACAAAACAAAGUCCUGACACAGAAUUAUUUGAAGGUCAUAACAAAAGCCAAGGAACUUUGAGCUUCAAGAGAAAAGCGCAUGAAGAUGAAACAGUGUCUCUAUCUCUUAAGAAAAGUACUCCUGAGAUCAUUACAAAUCAGUUUCCUCAAAGCAUAAUAACAGAACCAAAAGAUUCUACAGAACGUUUCUGCAGACAGGAAACCCAACUUCAUCAGGUAAAUCUUAUAAAUUUUUAGAAGUAGUAUGAAAAUGUUUGUCAUUGUAAGGUUCAAAUCCUAACCCAGAGAAGUGAUAAUUCACUGAAGGGAAGGGUAUGCUUAUCACAAAAUGAAUUAAGGAGAAAGGCUAACUAGGUGAUUCAUGGGAUAAAUCUAAGGAAUCUUCAAAUAUGUCCAGGCCAUUCUAGUCUCCAUAAAAUGUGACUGUGUUUUAAAAAUGAAUAUGUUUACUCUAAGAAGGGAUGUCUGGUUUGUUCAGAACUCUGCAAACUACUGAGAUGAUGUUUUCAGGACCAAAACAGCAUGUGAUUAUGUGAAUCUGGCAUGAACAUACCCACAACACAUGCAUGUAUAGUUUACAGCUAAAAGGACAUUUGAAAAUUCCCCUUCAGAAAGCAAAGCUACAGAAUAACUCUGAAGAUAGCCAGAAUUACUAAAAAGGGGUAGUACAUCUGGAUGAAUCCAUCUCGGUUAAAUAUCCAGUGCAUGGCUGUUUACUAAUUGAUACUCUAUUUUUAUAUGAAAUAGGUAAUAUACCUUCCAGUUAUUCUGUUAACUCCAGGACUAAAUAUUUUAGAUUAGAUUAUGCCCAAGACAAAAAACUGAACCAAAAACAAAGCAAAAGUAGUAGAAAUCUCACCUUCUAGAUUCCAUCUUCUUAAAGAUAAAGUUGCCCAGGCAUGGUGGCUCACGCCUGUAAUCCUAGCACUUUAGGAGGCUGAGGUGGGUGGAUCACUUAGGCCAGGAGU